AUGGGACUAUUGCUUAAAAUUACGCACACUUGUCUCCUCGACACGUCUCGCUUACGACCACACCCUUCUUGUUCAACCUCCUCUCUCUCUCUCUCUAAUAACAUACCAUUGUCUCCCCAAUUUGUGAUUUUUUGAUAACUGAACCCAACUUAUGACGAAGCUUCUACAGAUGAAUCAUACCCUUUGUUUUGCCAAGGGGUUUUCACGUUCCAGAUUGAAUGUUGCAGCUUCACCCUUUGUGAUAUCUGGUGGUGGAUACUGCAGCAAAACUUGCAUCCCUUAUCGCUUGAAAUUUACUUGCUACGCAACGCUAUCUGCUGUGGUAAAGGAGCAAACAUCAGAUUUUAAUGGAAAAGAGGCGGCUUUGCUUGUAGAUGAGCUCAGAACCAACUUCAACACAGGCAGAACAAAGAGCUACGAGUGGAGAAUUUCUCAGCUUCAAAACAUUUCUAGGAUGCUUGACGACAAGGAGAAAUGCAUCACCGAAGCUUUGUAUCAAGAUCUUUCCAAGCCUGAGCUUGAAGCUUUUCUAGCUGAGAUUUCAAAUACAAAGUCAUCCUGUACCCUUGCAAUCAAAGAAUUGAAGAAAUGGAUGGCUCCAGAAACGGUCAAAACUUCGGUGACAACAUUUCCCUCAUCUGCACAAAUAGUCUCAGAACCACUUGGAGUUGUUUUGGUCAUCUCAGCCUGGAAUUUCCCUUUCUUAUUGUCUGUUGAGCCAGUCAUUGGAGCUAUUUCAGCUGGCAAUGCGGUUGUGCUAAAACCUUCUGAAAUUGCUCCAGCAACAUCUUCUCUUUUAGCAAAGUUGUUCAGUGAAUACUUGGACAAAACAACAAUCAGAGUUAUCGAGGGAGGAGUCCCUGAAACAACGGCACUACUGGAUCAAAAAUGGGACAAGAUAUUCUUCACUGGUGGUGCUAGAGUUGCUCGCAUUAUAAUGGCUGCAGCUGCGAAAAAUCUUACUCCAGUGGUUCUAGAACUUGGUGGGAAAUGCCCAGCUCUUGUCGAUUCAGAUGUUAAUCUACAAGUGGCUGCCAGGAGGAUCAUAGCAGGGAAAUGGGGUUGUAACAAUGGACAAGCUUGCAUUGGCGUCGAUUACGUGAUCACAACAAAGGAUUUUGCAUCAAAAUUGAUAGAUGCUCUGAAGACUGAACUGGAGACUUUUUUUGGGGAAAACCCAUUAGAAUCGAAGGACAUUUCACGUAUUGUGAACUCUUUCCACUUCAAACGGUUGGAGAGUAUGUUAAAAGAGAAUGGAGUUGCCAACAAAAUCGUUCAUGGAGGCCAAACAAUCGAAGAAAAGCUAAAAAUAUCUCCAACGAUAGUAGUGGAUGUGCCGGAAGCAUCUUCCAUGAUGCAAGAAGAGAUAUUUGGACCAUUACUUCCUGUAGUUACUGUUGCAAAGAUUGAAGACGGUUUCCAGGUUAUACGUUCAAAGCCAAAGCCAUUAGCAGCGUAUCUCUUUACAAACAACAAAGAGUUGCAGGAACAAUUCGUGCAGGGCGUGUCUGCAGGAGGAAUUAGCAUCAAUGACACCGUUUUACACGUAACACAAAAAGAUUUACCAUUUGGAGGGGUCGGUGAGAGCGGGAUUGGGGCUUACCAUGGGAAAUUCUCGUAUGAGACAUUUAGCCAUAAGAAAGGAGUUCUUUACCGAAGCUUUUCCGGGGACGCUGAUCUUAGAUACCCUCCUUACACAACGAAAAAGAAGAUGGUGCUGAAAGCUUUGAUCUCUUCAAACAUAUUUGCUGCAAUCUUGGCUUUCUUCGGGUUCUCUCAAGACUCAUCAUGAUCACAUGUUAUAAUCACCGUAACUUGCUGAUAUUUUACAAACAGAGAUAAAAAGAUUAAUGUGAAAAUUAGGUUAUGAAUAAAAGUUAUAUAAUACAUAUCUACCAUACUUGGAUCUUGA